AAAGCUUGAUAGAAAAGUUGACUGAAUCGUAUAAUCUGUCUAAAGUUAAUAUUGAAAAGGCUCAAGAUAAACAAAAAGGAGAACUAUCUGAAGCAGACCGUAUGCUUCUUUAUGUCAAAGACCUUUAUAAAAAGGGUGAUUUGCAUGUAAUGCUUGAUCCUAUUAAAGAAGAGAAUUGGGACCAACAGAUAGAUUACCUUUGCAUACGUCUCCAACUUUGUCAGUUAGAUAGGGUCACAUUACUUCAAUAUUACUAUCAGUUAGAAGAAAGGAUGGCUGCAGAUAGUGACUAUGUUUUUGGAGAUGUUGUUAAAGUUGAUAUUCAAGUUCGAGGUACAAACAAAUGGCAUAUGGUAGCAUCUGGUUUAAAUAGAUAUUUGAGAAUGUGUGCACAUGAAGAGCAAAAUAUAUCCCACAUUAAAUUUACAUUUCAAAAUGAACAUUCAAUAUCUACUACAAAUCAAAGUUCUUCUGCAUCUAAUAUUUUUAAUGAAAUGAUGAAUGCGGCAGCUAAAAAAAUUUUGCCUAACCCAAAACCAUCAACAAAUCGUAAUGAUCAAUUAUAUAAUGAUAUUUUAAAACUUUUACAUAGUAAAAAUCUUGGUUGGAAAUAUGGAAUGCAAAAUAUACUUG